AUGGCCUCCACCAUCUCCUUCAACCUCUACAAGAGCGCUCUGUUGUUGGCUGCCUUCCUUGGAGCUGCACAGGCACAACAAGUCGGCACCAGCACUCCUGAAGUUCAUCCGUCGUUGACUUGGCAGAAGUGCGCCAGCGGAGGCAGCUGCACUACCCAGAACGGCAAGGUUGUCAUCGACGCUAACUGGCGUUGGCUUCAUGAGACCGGUGGCUAUACCAAUUGCUAUACCGGCAACGAGUGGGACGCAUCCAUUUGCCCGGACGACGAAACCUGCGCGGCAAACUGCGCUCUGGAAGGUGCCGACUACACCGGCACCUAUGGUGCCACCGCCAGCGGUAGCUCUCUGCGGCUGAACUUCGUCACCCAGGCAUCCCAGAAGAACAUCGGUUCUCGUCUCUACCUGAUGGCAGAUGACACCAAAUAUGAAAUGUUCCAACUGCUCAAUCAAGAGUUCACCUUUGAUGUCGAUGUCUCGAACGCUCCCUGCGGCCUGAACGGUGCACUAUACUUCGUGUCCAUGGAUGAGGACGGUGGUAUGGCCAAGUAUCCCACCAACAAAGCCGGUGCAAAGUAUGGCACCGGCUACUGUGACUCGCAAUGCCCCCGUGAUCUCAAGUUUAUCAAUGGCCAGGCCAACGUGGAUGGGUGGGAGCCCUCCGCCAAUGACGCCAACGCUGGCACUGGCCAGUAUGGCUCCUGCUGCGCAGAGAUGGAUAUUUGGGAGGCCAACUCGAUCUCCAAUGCAGUCACACCUCAUCCCUGUGAUACCCCGUCCCAGGUCAGGUGCACUGGAGAUGACUGUGGUGGUACCUACAGCAAUGAUCGCUAUGCUGGCACUUGCGACCCCGAUGGUUGUGAUUUCAACCCGUACCGCCAGGGUAACCAGUCUUUCUAUGGCCCCGGCAAAAUCGUUGAUACCACGACCCCCUUCACUGUGGUGACUCAAUUUAUCACCGACGAUGGCACAUCCACCGGUACCCUCUCCGAGAUCAAGCGUUUCUACGUUCAGAAUGGCAAGGUGAUCCCGCAGUCCGCCUCCACGAUCAGCACUGCGGGCGGCAACUCCAUCACCGACUCCUUCUGCACUGCUCAGAAGUCUGCAUUCGGUGAUACUGACGUCUUCGCGCAACACGGUGGCAUGGCCGGCAUGGGUGCUGCUCUUGCAGAUGGAAUGGUUCUGGUGAUGAGUCUCUGGGAUGACCAUGCCUCCAGCAUGCUGUGGCUCGACAGUACCUUCCCGACCACUGCCUCCUCGACCACUCCCGGUGCUGCUCGUGGUAGCUGCGACAUUUCCUCUGGCCAGCCCACCGAUGUUGAGACCAACAAUGCGGACGCCCACGUGAUCUUCUCCAACAUCAAGGUCGGUCCUCACGGUUCGACCUUCAAUUCUGGUAGCGGAGGUUCUGGCAACCCAGGCUCUGGCACUACGACCAGCACCACCAAGGGUACAACCACAACUACCACUAAGACCACUGGACCAGCUCCCACCGGCGCCGGUCACUAUGACCAGUGUGGCGGCCAGAACUGGACCGGUGCCACUACCUGUGUCAGCCCGUAUACCUGCCAGAAGCUUAACGAUUUCUACUCUCAGUGCCUGUAG